GGUAUAAAUUUAAAUCUUCUCUAUUCUGACGAGAAUAUUUGUCUUAAAUGUUGUGAACAUACAUGUACGAAACCAGGCUUUUUUGGAAAUAAAUUUGGAUAACAUGGAUUGUCUUUGCCAUGCUUUACGGAAACAGGCGAGCAAAAAGAAACCAAAACAAGAAGAUGGUGAAACAACGAUGGAUAAAGCAAGCGUAUACUCAAGUCACGAUGUGGAAAAGAACUUUGAUUCCGAAAUACGUGAGUUGUUCCGACUGUUUGACACAAACAAUGACCGUUCCAUAUCAGUGCAGGAGCUGGGCAAGGCGAUGAGGUUCCUGGGAAUGUCACCUACAGAACAAGGGAUAACUGAUGCCAUGAGUGCCUUGGACACAAACGAAAAUGGCAGGAUGGAGUUUCAAGAAUUUUACAAAUUUAUGCAAGCAGAGAUGACUAAACUGAAUGAAGCAAAUUUCACAAACAACCAAGACACCGUACGCUCAGCAUUCCGGACGUUUGAUAAGGAUGGAAAUGGAUACAUAGACGAGAAGGAAUUAAGAAUUGCAAUGAAGAAGUUAGGUGAAGCAUUGACGGACAAGGAGCUGGACGAUAUGAUGAAACAAACUGAUGUCGAUGAGGAUGGCAAAAUCAAUUAUGAAGAGUUCGUUAAGAUAUGGUGUGAAACAACUUGAGGAACUCCUAUCCUGCUACAUAGUUAUCAUUGAAUGGACUGGAAUUUUGCAUCCUUUGUAUAUCUGUUUCAUUAUAAAGGCAUAU